AUGGAUGCCACAUGGGUGCCACCUUUGGGACUCAUUGAUCACUCGCCUCUACAGCUGGGAGCGGCCCUACAGCCACUCCCAGAGCAGUUGUUUCACCGGGUUAGCCGGCUGAGGCGGUCCUGUGUGAUGUUAUUGACACUCCGGACCGACCUCCAGGUGGAGCUUUUGACCGCUUUCUUAAAUACCCGUGGUCCGAGGGCGAUUCUUUCCUCAGACUCUUACCCUCUGGACCACAGUCCUGUCGUUAUAGAGCUUCUUUUUGGCACUCUCUCUGUGCCAGUCGCUUCGUUGUCACUGCGCUCAACAGGUUAUGGGCCCUGCGCUCUAGCGACUUUGCUCUACAUUGCUUUAUCCACACUUUCUGGUCUCCCAUCUGCUGUGCCACUCCUUUCUGGCCACACCCCAUUGCUGCCACAUCUUCCCCAUUGCUUUCCCUGCCUUUCCCAUCGUCACACAUCGCUUCCAACACCAUUCCCUCCUUGUGCCACUCGUGCCACACCAUGUCUGACCCCUCAUUCGCUCUCCCUUCUGUCUCCCCUCUCAAUAAUCGCAACUAUCCUUCCUGGUCCAAGGAGAUCAAGGCCUGGCUUCGUCUCAAAGGCCUGUGGCUUCUCGUCUCUGGUGAUGAGACAGCCCCUGUUGGCACAAAGGAGAAGCCUGCUGAGGCAAGGGAGGUGGCAGAGUGGAAGUGGAAUGCUCAGAAGGCUGCUGGUGCGCUCUUACUAUCAGUUGAGGAGCAGUUCAGAGGCGUCUUGGAUGGCAUUGAAGACGACCCCAUUGCCAUUUGGACCAAACUAG